UAAAGAAGGAAACAAACAUCCAUCCAGAAGGAACGGGAGAGGGAGAGAGAGGUAGGAGGGCGAGGAAAGGGACAUUUAAACCCACCUAAACCUGUCUGACACCGAGGACAACGACUCACACGAGUAAAAGGACGUUACCAGGACCUGAAAACUCCUCGAGCUUUUUUGCUUCUGCCAGGACGAAAAAACGGCCACUUUUUCCCCCCCUUGUCGUCUCGCGAGAAAAACCUUCGUCGAUUUUUAGCAGGUGAUGAUCUUGGAUUAUUGCUUUUUUUCUACUUAACAAGGAUGAAAUCUGAAAAGAGCUCAGCUUGUGGAGCAAUGGCCCAAGAGACGAACCAGAGCCCGGCGCCGAUGCUUUGUGCCACCGGCUGUGGCUUCUACGGUAACCCCCGAACCAACGGCAUGUGCUCCGUGUGCUACAAGGAUCACCUGACGCGCCAGCAGAGCAGUGACCGCACCAGCCCCCUCAGCCCCAUGGGAUCGGCUGGUAGCCCUACCUCAGAGGCCUCGGCCAUGCAGAGACUAGAAGCCAGUCUAGCCAAGGUCGACACCUCUCCGGCUUCGUCGCCCAGCAUGUCUAGAACUGUUCAAGGAUCUCUUCCUGUGACUCAACAAAUGACAGAGAUGAGCAUCUCGAGAGAGGACAAACCUGAACCCUUAGAGCCCGUAGUAAACCAGCCUGCUGCGUGUAGCCCUUCUCCUGUAGCCUCGUCCAGCGCUGACGAAGGGAAGGGAGACCCCCCCAAACCCAAGAAGAACCGAUGCUUCAUGUGCCGCAAACGGGUCGGACUUACAGGUUUCGACUGUCGCUGUGGCAACCUGUUCUGUGGCAUCCACCGGUACUCCGACAAGCACAACUGUCCCUACGACUACAAGGCCGAGGCGGCCGCCAAGAUCCGCAAGGAGAACCCCGUGGUGGUGGCCGACAAGAUCCAGAGAAUAUAGAUCCUACCAGAACAGAACGAUCCAGAGAAUAUAGAUCCUACCAGAACAGAACGAUCCAGAGAAUCCAGAGAAUAUAGAUCCUACCAGAACAGAACGAUCCAGAGAAUAUAGAUCCUACCAGAACAGAACGAUCCAGAGAAUAUAGAUCCUACCAGAACAAUCCAUGACCACACCUCUCACUGUCCCAGAGACUGGAGAACGAGUGUGAGCCUUUUUGAGAUGAACGCUGGCUACGUGAGGAUGGAAAGGACUUGAUUUUACAAAAAUAACAACUUCAAGAGAAAUGACGGACCGAAAAAAGAAGAAGAAGAGAAGAGUCUGAGGGAGAUGCAUGAAUGAUCACUUUUCUCCUGUUUUUGAUUAAUUCGUUAGUUUUAUUUUAUCCUAUUUUCUGUGGUGUGACUUUUUCCGCUGUUCUCUUUUUUUUUUUUUUUUUUUUUUUAAAUCUAAGAUUAUGUAUUGUCUUUACAAAGAGCAGCCCAAGCUAACUCUCGCCCCCAAACCAGGCGCCAUUUUGUGCCAAACCGUGACAGCCAUGUUACUUAAGACCCCGUCCCGUGUCAGGCGACACCGCUCGGUCCCUCGAUCCACGUUUUGAGCUCCUUUUUUUUUUAGUUCUUCUGGCUCCGCGUUCGGUCAACGUUUUUAGGAGAAGCCUACAACUGUCCCCCAACCC